AUGUCGUUUUCGAAAAAUGCUACUCCCAGAGCGAUUGCUAAUGAACCUAGCACUCUAGAUGAAUCGAAGUUCCGAAAUUUUAGAGUUGCUCAUGAAAAAGUGUCGUUGGAUAUAGAUAUGGCUACUCAUUGUGUUACCGGUAACGCCACCAUAAUAAUCAUCCCCUUGAUUCAAAACCUGGAAUAUGUGACUUUCGAUUGCAAAGAAAUGGCUAUCAAAGAUGUUCUGGUUGAAAAUCGUCGAUGCGACCAAUUUAUACACGAUGAUCCACUUCAGAAUAAAUUGAACGGGAUUACCUCGCAAAAUGUAUUAUACACUGACAAUUCUAUUGAACAAUCACACUUUUUAAGGUCGAAAUUUGCUAAUUUAAAUGAAACCCCGGAACUUGACUCCAAAUCUCAAUUAACCAUUAAAAUACCAUCUUCUAUUAAGAUUUCAUUAGAAGACGCGAACUCUCUAAGCAAUUUUACUCCAAUAACCCCCUCCAUCAAGACUACACCGGGCUUUCAGGAAUCAGUUUUUACCCCAAUUACAUUGCAAAUCGAAUACGAAAUAAGAAACCCAAAAUCAGGCAUAAGGUUCGAUACUGUGAACGCCGACAAACCAUGGUUGUGGAAUGUUUACACCUCGAAUGGGGAGAUUUGCAGCUCUGCAUCAUACUGGGUUCCAUGUGUUGAUUUGUUAGAUGAAAAAUCUACGUGGGAACUAGAAUUUAGUAUACCGAAAUUUGUCAAAAACAUAGGCACUUCUAAGUUGAUUGGACAAAAUGGCGAACAAGAUGAGGAAGAGAAUCAUGAAACAUCUGAAGAAGAACAAGGCACCUCUAUCAAAAGAGAAGAAGAAGAUGAUAAAAUGUUAAAAGAUAGCGAGGAAAGUAUAGACUUGAAAGAUAAAGACACAAAAGAUGGAAUGGAGGAAGAAGAAGGAAAAGAAGAGGAGGAAGACGGCGAAAGUGACGAAGAAGAAGAAGAUGACGAUGAGGAUAGACGAAACUUUGAAGAAAGUAAUAACCCCGUUUUGAGAGACGUAGUUGUUUGUUGUUCGGAAUACUCUAAUAUCAAAGAGCUUCCGCAUCCUAUUGACUUAACCAAAAAGAAAUGUGUAUUUCAAAUUAUAAACCCUGUGGCACCUCAUCAUGUUGGAUGGGCUAUUGGUGCUUUCAAUUCUUGGACCCUCCCUCUGAUAUCUCCACCAGGAGUUGACGUUGACGAAGAUGCAGAGGAGGACAAAUUAAGAGACAAUGUAAUUGACAAUGUCAAUAAUUCUGUGGAAGAUGGCAUUGGUUCAGAUAUCAUACCGAUUCAAAUUUUCACACUUCCCACCCCCRAAAUCGAUGAAACGACAGUCAUAAACUCAACAGUUGUGUGUCAAAAAAUUAUAGACUUUUAUUCGAAAGAGUUUGGCUCUUUCCCUUUCACAUGUUUUUCUAUGGUGUUCUUACCAACAGUCACUGCAGACCAUAUGGACUUUGCAGGACUAGGUGUUUGUAAUACAAGACUACUGUAUCCUUUGGAAGUUGUAGAUAAAGUAUUCAGCACUACGAACAAAUUAGCAUGGGCAUUAGCUAAUCAAUGGUCCUGUGUUAAUAUUACGCCUUUAAACAUGAACGACUAUUGGUGUUGUCUUGGUAUUGCAGGGUAUAUGGUUUUCCAAGUUACAAAAAAACUUAUGGGCAAUAACGCAUACAAAUACCAACUGAAGUGUAAUAGUGAAGCAAUUGUUGAAGAAGAUUUUGAAAUGCCUCCUAUUGGGGCUACCUUUACUGGUAGUUCCAGACCAAUAUCCGGAACUUCAAAAGAUUUGACAUUCAUAAAAUUGAAAGCUCCUAUGGUGUUAUAUAUUCUUGAUCGAAGGAUGACAAAAACCGAGAGAUCAUUCGGCAUGUCUCGUGUGUUACCGAAGAUCUUCCUUCAAGCUAUGUCUGGUGAUUUGCCUAAUAAUUCUCUAACGUCGUCCCAUUUCCAACAUGUUUGUGAAAGAGUAAACAAAAGUAAAUUAGACAAUUUCUUUAACCAAUGGGUAUUUGGGUCUGGUGUUCCUAUCUUACGUGUUACCCAGAGGUUUAACAGGAAAAGAAUGGUCAUAGAAUUGGGUAUAAGGCAAGUCCAAGAUGAUGAAUUAGGCCUAGGGAAAGUUGUUGGUGAGCAAGGGUUUUGCAAAAGCGCCUUGAACCGUCUCGAGCACUCGAGUUUGAAUCGAACAGAAUGCUUCACGGGUUCCAUGACAAUAAGGAUACACGAACACGACGGAACUCCGUAUGAACAUAUUGUUGAAAUUAAGGAUACAUUCACCAAGAUAGAUAUUCAAUAUAACACGAAAUACAGGAGGUUAAGGAAACGAGGCGGUGUCACGAAUGAUGAGACUGUUUUAGAGAACAGUAAUGAGGAGAAGCCCACCGUUAUCGACGUGAAUUGUCUAGGAAAUGUAUACAUGACACCCGAAGAAUGUUCCCGAUUUCAUUUAACCGAAUUCAAUCACACAUCAGAGAGCAGUGAGCUGCUUAAGCAGAACGAAGCGUUUGAAUGGAUUCGUAUAGACUCUGAUUUUGAAUGGAUAUGCAAGAUGCAUAUCAACCAGCCCGAUUACAUGUUUUCUUCACAGUUGAGGCAAGAUGGUGACAUAGAAGCGCAACUUGAAGCCAUCCGGUAUUAUGAGGACGUUGUGGUCAAUGGCGAUGGCAAGUCACUUGUGUACUCAAGUGUUUUGUUCAGGACAGCCAUGGACGAAAGAUACUAUUUCGGCGUAAGGCUCGCGGCGUGCCAAGCGCUUAGUAAAAAUGUUUAUGAUCCAAGAUUCAUUGGUGGCAUUAGACACUUAAUACAGAUUUUCCAAAUCCAGUUUUGCUUGGAAGGAUCUAACAUACCUAAAAGUAAUAAUUUUGAAAACGCCACAUUGUAUUUCUUACAAUGUGGCAUACCCAAAUAUUUGGCUCAGGUGAAGGACGAAAAUGGGAAAUGCCCCAGACUUGUGAAAGAGUUUUUGCUGGAUAUCCUUGUUUAUAACGAGAAUGGAGAGAAUAAGUUUAGCGACAACGUGUACGUUUGUUCUCUGUUAGAGAAUGUGGUGAACGUUGCCUUAAGUGAUUCAAAAGAUACCGCUUAUGUGGAUAAGGUAAGGUCCCAGUUGGUUAGGUACGAAAAUUUAGUGAACUGGCUUUCAUCAUACGAGUCUUUAAUCAAGACUUGUAUUAUGUUUGCUAAGUACAGAUUCCAUAAAGCCGGCGCAAUUGAGUUUAAUGAGUUACCAGAAAUGAUAAUGGAGUCAUUAUCAUUGGAAGGUAUGAGCACUGAAGACACUAGAGAGAGCGUUCAGAAUGUGUUGCUCAUGGCAGUUAAAAUUAUGCUUCUUGAAGGUGGCUUGAAAAACAAGGACUGCCUUGUUUUGUUUUCGGAAUUGUUUUGUUUUCAUGAGGAUGUUUACAUUAGAGAAAAACUAAUUGACGUCCUUGUAGAAAGUGUAAACACAUGUGUUAUGGAUGGAAGCAUGGAUACGUUGAACGAUGAUAUCAAGUCCUCCGUCCAACUAGUCCGCAAUGAGGCUCAGAAUCUAAAAAAUGAAGAUGAUAUAGAACUGUUCCUAAGUGGGCAUUAUGUGGACGAUAUGAAGAUUAAAAGAGAUAAGAUUGUACGUCAAAAUAUCAAUGGAUUAAUACAAAUAUGCAGAGAUAUGUUUAAAGGGUAUACCCCUUUAAAGAUUCUGCUCUGGGAUGUUUUGAAUUUACCCAUUCUUAGCCUGUACCAGAGAAAGCAGAUACAUGACUUGGCUAGAGUGAUGUAUAUGCUAACUGAUAGAUUCGCUGUUAAAUUGGAAGCUCCAAGGGAAAGGAGACUUGCAGCGAAGAUCAAGUCUCGCGAAGAAGAGAAGUUGGAUAUAGUUAUAAAACGUGAAAGUAUACUAAAGGUUCAUAUUAAGAAGGAGGUUACUACUGCUGUGGAAGCUCCUAAGAAGGCCAACAUGAUCAAAAUCAUGUUGAAAAAUGACAAACCCGUAAGUAAAGUGGAAAAGCCAGUAAUCAAGCCCAAAGUGCUCAGCAAACCUAGAAAGGUGAAAAGCAGUGUAAACCGUAUAGGGAGUUUACCAUUAAGGUUUGUCAAGAUUCAACAACAACCCAGAGGGAUGGUAGCGUUGUCCUCCGUCCCAUAUAGCGAAUCCGUUCAAAUUAUAAAAGUCACAUCAAGAUCAUUUAUGGUCAAGAUAAAGGCAAAGAAAGACUGA